CUUGUUACACAUUGUGGGGCGGACCUUGUGCCCGAUUCCGUCUGAGCCCCGGCGUUUUUUUUUUUUUUUGGUUUGGGUUUGUUUUUGUUUUAGUUGUUGCUUUUUCUGCAUUUAAGAAUAAUAAAAUAAGUAACGCAGAAAGUACCGGCCGCGCCGAGUCAACGCAUCUUUGUAUCCAGGAAACGACUCGAGAGGCUUUUUGAAUAAUCCGCCUGAUCUCCGCGCACCGUGGACACUUGGCUCUCUGGCUGCCGGGGGAGGAGGACUGUCAGUGCCCUGAAUCGCGCUGCUGGAUUUCACGGAGAGCCGGUUUGUACAGGACGUUCUUCAGAGGCCACCGGCGUCAUCCGAGCUUUUCUGGGAAUAAACUCUCUCUCUUUUUAAAAUAACUUGGGGAAACAUGGAGUUCGACUGUUACCAGCCCUAUUUCUUCAACGAUUUCGACACGGAGGAGGAUUUUUACAAGUCGACCGCACCGAGCGAGGACAUAUGGAAAAAGUUCGAGCUGCUGCCCACCCCUCCCAUGUCUCCCACCCGGACUCUGAGCGGCGGGGCGCUGCAGCUCUCGCCGGGAGACAAGCUGAGCUGGCUGUCCAAAGUCCUGGGUCAGGACGAGGAGUGCGAGGGGCAGUUCAUCCCGGACACGGAGGAGCUGUUCGGCAACCUCAGCUCCAUCAUCAUCCAGGACUGCAUGUGGAGUAGUUUCUCCGCCAGCAAGCAGCUGGAGAAGGUCAACGGGAAAGUGUCAGCUGCGGCGCAGACCGGCGUCUCCCCGGUGGCCCAGAUCUCCGUGAGACCGAGCAAGGCGCAGUGCGUCUCCCCCGGUGGCCCGCUCGCCGCCUCGGCGACAGAUUGCGUCGACCCCGCGGCUGUUCUCACCAUCCCGGCAAGCAGCUGCAGGAAGCCGGCGUCGUCAGGCUCCGAGUCUCGCUCUGAUUCCUCCGAUGAUGAAGAGGAGAUCGACGUGGUCACUGUGGAGAGCAAGCAGAAACGGGUGCGGCUGGUGAACGUCAGAAAACCAGUGACCAUCACGGUCCGGGCCGACCCCUGCCCCAAACGCUUCCACAUGUCCGUCCACCGGCAGCAGCACAACUACGCCGCCCGCUCCCCGGACAGCGAGCCUGAGGAGGAAGACGACGAUGACGAGGAGGAGGAGGAGGAGGAGGAGGAGGAGGAGGAGUAUGACGAAGAGCCUCAAAGCAAGCGCACAUGCACGGCUCGCGUCUCCCAGCCGGCCUCCCCCUCCUCAGAGAGUCCCCAAAACUCAGACGCGGAGGACACUGACCGCAGGCGGAACCACAACUUCCUCGAGAGGAAGAGGAGGAAUGAUCUGCGGUCCCGUUUCCUCGCCCUGCGGGACGAGAUCCCCGGCUUGGAGUCGGCCAAGACCCCGAAGGUGGCCAUCCUGACCCAUGCAACAGAGUACCUCACGGAGCUGCACACUAAGGAGAGACGGCAGCUUCUGGAGAAGAAACACCUGAAAGCCAAACAUCAGCAGCUCCUUCGCAAAUUAUCUGAACUGAAGCGCUCUUGAGACACUUUUGAAAUAAACUGCCUCAUUCCCAGUCAGGGACCUUUA